AUGGGCAAGAAGGGAACGCUACAGCGCUCACAGCAGCGGCAGGUGCGUCACACACGUGAGAAUCGCGAGCGAAAGUCAAUAGUUGCGAAAGCCGUGCGGCGGGGCGACUUUGCCGCCACCACCGAACGACUUGUGAAACGCACAACACCGCAAAGGGCUGCCGUGUCGGAGGAAAAGAAGGCGCUGCUCAUUGCCCAAUUCGCUCAGGCUUGUAGGCUUCCUGCUGCAUGCGAUGAUCUUUGCUCACUUUUACUCUGCGAGACCAGCGCGGGAGAAGAGCAGGCCGGAGUAUCGCGCAAGCGACCGCGAGAUGACGGGAAACUCGACGAAGAAACCUUGAGCCACAUUUUAGAUGUGUUUAUUUCCCUUGAUCGCCAGGCGGCUACAACAGACGAGGAUGAAGGUGAAGAACCGCUCACACUUCUUGAGGAUCUUGUACAAGACGAGUGCGGUGGUCGUGUGGUGUGUGCUCUGUUGAACGCGUUGGGCGCUCCAAGCUGCGAUGAAAAGAGGAAGUUGAUGGUACUUGAUGUUGUGAUGCGUCUGUUCGAAGAAAAUGAGGCCCUCCACGAGCAUUACGUUGCAUGCAAGGUGAUGAGUUCGUUGGUGCUGAAUGGAGACCACGAAAUUCAGCGAAGGGCUUUGCACGUUUUGUGCCAAGGGGCCGAGACACUAGACUUGAUACAAGUGAAACUCCGCAACCGCCACACAGCCGUUACCAUCCGUCGGCUCAUCGAGCGCUUUCCAACCGAAACGGUAAGUUGGCUUAAGGAUGCCUUGGGCCUCGUCGAAACCAGCGGCGGGGGUGGGAAAAAGAAGCAGGGGAAGACGAAUGAGCAUAAGGAUGGGAAACAGGAUGUGCUGCUUUACCUUGCCAAUGACCCCGUAGCUUCACCAGUCAUGCGAACUUUCAUCCUUCAUUGUCCCAGCCGCGCCGCCGUCCUAAGAGGCAUUGACGUUGCGGCGCUGCUUGGUAGCAAACGAGGGUGCAAGUUUCUGCAGGAGAUUCUAUCGCAUGACUUGACAGAGCUCGCGUCUAACGAGGCUGCGGAGAUAUUUAAUGUUGUGUUAUCGGCUUGUGAAGCAAACAUUGUGGAAAUGUGCAGCUCGGGUGAUGCCAACUUCGUGGUUCAGGCCGCUAUUUCCCUUAUCCCACACACCGGACAAAAGGAAGCGGUGACAAAUUUUAAACACCUUCUGCAAUUGUUGGGCCCACAGUUAUCCUCAUUGGUGGACCAUCCCAUUUCUGUGCACGUAGUUGUUUGCGUCGUCGUGACGGCCAAUUCACUACCCAACAAGGCUAUAGUUGAGGAGGUUGCAGCGAUGCUCGUCAAACGAAGUAAUGUGGGGGACUUGUUAAGUGAUGCACGAGGAAGUUUGGUCGUGCGGAAGCUUCUACCACUAUGCAAAGUUAAGGAGUCUAAAGUAGGAGAAUUACUCGUCAGUGCCAUCGAACGCGACAUCACAGCCUUGAUGUAUGACUCCAUUGGAAAUGUGAUGGUUCAAGAAUAUAUUAAAGUGUUUGGGGCGGAGAAAAUUGCCCGUAGCCUAAUUAAGGCCGAUGAGCUGCUACGUAUGUGCCAGCAUGUCUACGCCUCCCAUGUUGUGGUGUGUCUGUUUGACCAUGUGGGAGCCUCCACGCACACGGCUCUUUGCAACGCUCUCCGGGCACACGUCGUGACACUCACUAGGCACAACAAUGGACGAUUUGUAGUGGAGAAGGCCAUCCCCGCUAGUCGCGACAUCUGCGAUGUGUUGCUUCGUAACUUCGUCUCGCUUGCAUGUGAAAAAGGCUCUCAGCAUGUCUUGUGUACGCUAAUGGCCAGUUUGGAUCAGCAAGGCAAGGGUCGUGUGGUGGAACUUGUGCUUUCUGGUCUGGCUCAAAUGGCGACGCAGCAGAGCAGCUCCAUUGUCUUACAAAAGCUCCUGCAGAUGGAUGACUUGCUGCUGCAAAAAGUGAGAGAGAAACUGAAGCAGGACCCGCGGCUUCGAAACAACCUCGCACAAAAUUUUUAUGGAAAGUUCGUUGUGCAGAUAAGUGAAUCCACAUGA